UCUAUAUGAACCUUUCAAGCAAAGCUGCAAGAACCCAUUGCAGAAAUUUUAUCAGAAUUUGCUCUCAUGGAUUCUUCCAUUGCACAAAUGACUUGUGUUCUGAAAGUGAACAUCAAAUGUAAAGCAUGCAAGACAAAGAUCUAUGAUGUCUUGCAGAACAUCUAUGGUGUCUAUAAAAUUGACAUAGAUGCAGAGCAAGGAACAGUGAAAGUUUCAGGGAAAGUAAAUCCAAGUACACUUCUAAUGGUGCUUGAUGGGUCAGGGAAACAUGCAGAGCUAAAAAGUCUUACGUUUGAUGGUGAGGUCAAGGAAGGCUACGAUUGUUUUGGACAAGAUGGAUAUGGAUAUGGACAUGGACAUGGACAUGGACAUGGACAUGGACAUGGAUAUGGAUAUGGAUAUGGACAUGAACAUGGAUAUGGAUAUGGAUAUGGACAUGGAUAUAACCCUUAUGCGGUGCCACCUUAUUAUCCCUGUCCACCAUUUGGAGGGUUUGAUUAUUAUGAUCCAAGUCGUCUCAUAAUGAUGCCAUUGUCGCCGCCGCUGCCACCACCACCGCCACCUUUGCAAUUACCAUCAACAUCGUCGUCAGUUCCACAGCAAUCUCAGCCACUACAAUUACAAUCACAAACGCAAUCAUUGCCACCACAACCACCAGCACUUCCACAGGCCAGUAAUGCUACAAAGAGGGUGGCCAAAUCAGAGGCCAGCUCGGGUAAAAAGUCUAUAUGCGUUAUCAUGUAAUUAGCAAAGUCUAGGUUGGUAUAGGGCUGAAUGUCUAUUAAUUAGCAAAGUGUUUUCUUGAUGAUGACAUGCGCAGUAUGUAAAUACUCAAUUUGAAGUUUGUGUUUAUUUCCUUCAACUUUCAUGUUAGAAGGAUUUUUGUCUAAAGUUGUGAAU